UCUAAAUUCCAACUUCCAAGCUGGUAUUCCGCUUCUCUGCUCGUCAAAAGCUUCGAAAACAUUCUCUCCAUAGCUCUCUGUUCUUUCUUUCAGACUUCAUUUUCUUUUCAUUUCUGAGAAGAAGUCUUCUUUGGCUGUCUAUCCUUUACUCACACCGACCUUCUCCAGAGUUCAGGCCAUUAAAACCAGUCUCUAGCCUGCAUUUCUUUUAUCAAUCUCUCUCUUUUUCGACUGUAAAUAGUUAGGAAUAGAGGAUAUAGAGCAACCAUGGCUGCCAACAAGUUCGCGACCAUGUUGAGUAGGAACACACACAAGAUCACUUUAAUUCUCGUCUAUGUAGUUCUUGAAUGGUUUCUGAUAUUCUUCCUUCUCCUCAACUCCUUGUUUUCCUAUCUGAUUGUCAAGUUUGCAAACUACUUUGGCCUCAAGACACCCUGUCUGUGGUGUUCCAGAAUCGAUCAUGUCUUCGAGCCAGGAAAAGAGCAUGCUUCUUAUAGAGAUCUUGUUUGUGAAAACCAUGCCUCUGAGAUUUCCAAAUUGGGUUACUGUUCCAAUCACCGGAAGUUGGUGGAAGCGCAGGAUAUGUGUGAGGAGUGCUCGUCCUCUCGGCCUAAUUGUCAUGGAAAGUCGAUCGAUAUCAGCAGAAGGAUUGCUUUCUUUUCUUGGGUGAAAGAUAUGGAUAUUGAUGUGAUCUCAACCCAUGGUGAGAAAAAGAUUGAGAAUGGUGAGAAGAAGGUUGAGAAUGGUGAGAAGGUUUUGCGGUGUUCGUGCUGUGAUUCGAGCUUGAGCAGCAAAUUUCACUCUCCUUAUUUGCUGUUUCAGCCUUCAUGGGGUGUUUUGGAUUAUGCCCAGAAAGGAAAUUUGAUUACUGAUGCCACUGGUGAGGAGCAUGAUGGAGGUGAGUACUCGGAUCCAUGUAAAUCUGAUAGCCAGACUGACCGCUGCUGUGACGAUGAGCAUGAGAUGGAAAGAAACAGGGGAGAAGGAGAAGAAGAUGAUGGUGGAUUGGAGGAUGAACAUCGGGUGCCUUCUGAUGUCGAGGAAGGUGUUGAAACAAGAGAGGAGGAAGCAGAGGUCGGCUGCUUGAUGUCUCCAUCAAGUAUCCGAAUCAAAGAAAUGGUGACGGAUGAAGAUGAUAAAGUAGGUGACGUUGAAGGAACGGAGCAAGAGCUAUCAGAGGAGGAGAAUUCGAAUAUUUCUGCAGAAGGUACAAAUGCUGUUUUCCGAUCCUCUGAUGAUAUUGUUUUUGAAGUUUGUCGUAGAGAAGAUGCAUCUCUUGAAAUCAUCCCUCUGCGUUUGGAGAGUAUCAACGAUGUCAAUGAUCGUUGCCUCCUCCCGGUUGAAUUGAUUGGUUCUGCAACUGCUGAAAACCAAACCUUUAACAGCUGUAAAAAGGAAGACCAGAACAAGCAUGUUCAUCAGGAAGGAGUGUUGGAUUCAGAAAUUCCUGUUGAGACACAAUUUGAAUCGGCUGAAGCAGAGGAAGACAUUGUAGUGGAGGCAACAGUUGAGCUUUUGGCAGAUGAAGGAGAGGAGAAGACAAAUUCUUUGGAGAUUGAAUCCAUGGAAAUGGCUGAGAACGAUAAUUCUUCCAGUUUAUACACUGAUGAAUGCAAUGGAGAUUUGGGUGGUGACGCAAGUGAAGAGGUUGCUAUUACUCAAGCAACUCAGACUCUGUCCGAUGAAGCUUAUAGCUUUGAAGUGAUAGAAGUUAAGGAAUCAGUCGAUCUUCCAGCAUCUACAGAAGCUGGUUUAAAAAUUUUGGAUGAUGAGAACAAUUCAGAGAUAUUGACAGGGAUGGAGGUGUUCGAUCAGGAAUUCAACAAUCAGACUCGAGCUCAUGAACUUCCUCAUGGUAACAAUACUGAAAGCUCUACAACCUCUGAAAUUGCAGCCAAUGAUAAAGAUUCCAAGCAAUCUGAGGAAGCAACCAUAGAAGGCAGAACCUUAUCCGCUGAUAGGACAGAACAAGGGAUAAAUCAUCAUUUAUCCUUAUCUUCAGAGCUCAAUGAAAUGGAGGAAGAGAAAGCCCCUGAAACACCCAGUUAUGUGGAUGGUCUUCACCAGAUACAUAAAAAGCUUCUACUAUUGGAGAAAAGAGAAUCUGGGACGGAGGAGUCUUUGGAUGGAAGUGUCAUUAGUGAUUUCGAAGCUGGCGAGGGGGUUCUGACUGUCGAUCGCAUGAAAUCAGUGCUUAAAGCAGAACGCAAGGCUCUAAAUGCUUUAUAUGCAGAACUAGAAGAAGAGAGGAGUGCUUCUGCAAUAGCUGCUAAUCAGACAAUGGCUAUGAUAACCAGGCUUCAGGAAGAAAAGGCUGCAAUGCAGAUGGAAGCAUUGCAGUACCAGAGAAUGAUGGAAGAACAAUCUGAGUAUGACCAAGAGGCUUUGCAGCUUUUAAAUGAACUCAUGGUCAAGAGGGAAAAGGAAAAGCAAGAUCUGGAAAAGGAGUUGGAAGUUUAUCGCAAGAAGGUCCUUGAGUAUGAAGCAAAAGAGAAGAGAAGGAUGAGGCAAAGCAAGAACAGUAGUGGGAGGAGCAGAGCUUCAUCUGCUUCUUCCAGCAAUGCUGAGGAUAGUGAUGAUCUGUCUAUUGAUCUUCACCAUGAAAUUGUCGACGAAGAUAGUUUCCAUAGCCAUCAGGAAAGCAGCAUCUAUACUCCUACUAAUGCAGUUCUAAAUUUGGAGGUUGAGGGGCUAGAAUGUGCCAAGCAUUUGAGCACUCUUGAUGAAUCACUGGCUGAGUUUGAGGAAGAGAGGAUCUCAAUUAUAGAGCAGCUCAAGGUACUUGAAGAGAAGCUUUUCACAUUGGGAGAUGAUGAGGAGCAGCUCCUUGAAGAUGUAAAACCCCUUGAACAUCUUGCAGAAGAGAAUGGCGAAGAGUUCAAUGGAUUUUCAAAUGGUUUCUCUGAGGGAUUUGACGCAAAAUAUUACCAAGAGAGAAGAAACCUUGGUGGCAAGGCAAAGAACCUCCUUCCUCUUUUUGAUGCUAUUGGCAUGGAAGAUGAAGACGGAGUAGUGAAUGAAGAACAAGAAGGAUCUGAUUCGGUUGUCUUGCAAAACUCAUCAUCAGCUUCCAAGCUUGCAUUAGAGAAAAAGAAGCAUGCUAUUGAGGAGGAGGUGGACCAUGUCUAUGAAAGGCUACAGGCUCUUGAGGCAGAUAGAGAGUUUCUGAAGCAUUGUAUCAGCUCCUUGAAGAAAGGAGACAAGGGGAUGGAUCUUCUCCAGGAGAUUCUACAACACCUUCGCGAUCUGAGGACCGUUGAGCUCCGUGUAAGAAACAUGGGUGAUGGUGUUCUUGCAUGACUUUCUGCUUAACCAUUGAGCAAAAGACAAUAGGUUGUUUUCUCAGAGUUCAGAGGAACUACUAGCACACAGUCUGCAGUGAUCAUAUGGGACAAGACGCUGUAUGAAUUUUGCGUCUUUUAUGACUAGUAACAGGAGCCCCCUUCAAGGAGAGGGGAGGGUUCUUGUAUGGUUUGAUGAUAAUGUUGUAUGAGCAGCAGACUAUUAAAAUUGAAGUCUGCCUUUUUUUUUUCUUUUCUUUUCAGUGUCCAAGUAAGCCCAACUUUUUGUGGGCUGUACUCAUCACCACCUUUUUCAGGGGAGGGUGGAGGAUGAGGAGGCAGGGGGGUGAGCAUGUGUCUGUGUGAGUGUAGGCUAGUCAGGUCAGGCCACUCUGUCAUUGUAAGUGUGAGAAAUCCUGGCUCCAAAAGCUGAUUGAUAUCCAACAAAAACUCUGAUGCCAGGUAGACAGCAUUAGUUUAUAGACAGUUAGGACAAGCACAUUUUCUUUUGUCUUUUUUCUUUAAUUUUUUUAUUUGUUAGGGGAUGGGCAAGGAAGAGCAACCCUUUCCUCUUUCUCAUCUUUGCAUCAUUUCAUCAUAUGGGUUUUGACUACUGGAUGGUCUAGUCUGAUGUAUCUGUACAAAACAUGUAUCCUUUUGUAUCUACAUAAGUGAGUGUUUGUUGCUACUAGUUUUGAAGUAGUUGAUAUUCUUCUUU